AUGGCGAAAAUAACAAGAUACGACCAGAGAAGCAGCUCUUCCGGUAGUAGCAGUUCUUUUCGUAGUAGCAAUGGAGAUCGCGAGACAACUCAGAAGAAGGUUGCUUCGAGCCGGAGGAAGGUAAAGACCGGAUGCCGUACCUGCAAAAUUCGAAGAGUGAAGUGUGAUGAGGGUCGUCCUUCAUGCAACCGAUGUUUCUCCACGGGUAGAACAUGCGACGGAUACGGCAUAUUUGGUGGCGGAGGUAAACCUACCUCGGGCGACUUUAUGAUGUCCAAGAAGCGCAGCGCUGUUGGGGUUGGCUAUUCUCCGAAAAAUACUCCGGAAUUCUGGAGCGUUUCCUCUACAACCGAGGAGAAGAGCUAUUUUGAGUGGUUCAGGCUUCAGACGUCGAAGAAGGUACCUGGCAUAUUUGCCUCAUCCUUCUGGGAUCAGCUCAUCUUACAGGCCACCGCAAAUGAUCCAGCUGUUCUACAUGCCGUUCUUGCUUUGAGCUCUAUUCAAAAAAGAGAAGUAUUCUUCGGCAAAGAUUCUCGUGACGUACAAGUUAAUCUACUUGAUUCCCAGGAAAGCUUUAUGCUUAGACAAUACACAAAAGCGAUUGCUAAGCUUCAGCCACAUUUCUCGACCAAAGAUCGUUCUUCUAUUCGCAUCGCGCUAGUCACGUGCGUGGUAUUCAUCUGCUUGGAAUAUCUCCAAGGCCACUAUAGGACAGCUCAGACUCAUUUUAAGAAUGGCUUGAAACUUCUUAACGAGAUAAAAGUGACGGAUCUUAUCGAUCAAUGUAUUCUCGAAGAGUUCACCAAACUUAACGUCCAGGUGGAGCUACUAAGAUUGGGCUACCGUCAUUCAUGCUCAGUGGUCCAGUCGACUGGGACACAGCUUUCACAAGGUACAUUUCACUCGACACGCGAAGCCAGACAAAACAUGGACCAGAUUCUAGACCAAAUAUUUCGGCUCACAGAAGAAGUAAGAAAACAGGGAUUGGAAAACUCGCCGACUCCUUCCACUGAUCAGGUCGACCGUCAAACACUUAUCCUGACACGACUUUCAGGAUGGCUUCAUACCUUCCACGCGUCGAAAACAAAGCUUCAAACUCCCACACUUGCACACGAUAAACUCAUGCAAGCUCAAGUUACCAUGAGAGACAACUUCGCCUAUCGAGUACUACGAAUCUGGUAUGUUUUUGCAACGGUUAUGACGAGUGUUGCAAUUUGGCCAGGCUGCGAAGUGAAGUUCGACGACCACACCAGUGACUUCGUCUCCAUCAUUGCCCAAAUGAUAGAUUUACGAGCUAUUGUUCCCGCCACCCAAAAGGCUCUUUAUGACACUGGCAAUGAAACCACACAUUCAAUCUUUCAUAUCGGUCUAAUGCCUGCACUCUAUUACACUGCCAUCAAGUGUAGAGUGCAUCGCAUUAGGCUUCAAGCAGUUCGCUUGCUCGAAGCGACUUCCCAUCGCGAAGGCCUCUGGGAUGCAAAAGUCUUUGCCUGUGCUGCAAGAAAGGUGAUGGAAGUAGAAGAACGCGGGUUCUACGCCGACUUUGCAGAUUUUGACGACUUUUCUAUCUUCGAAGUCCCUGAACAAAAGGAUCUUGAUACUCCAACAUUGCCAGAUACAUAUCGUGUCCAUGAGGUUGAAGUUGUACUUCCAGACAGCUCUACGGAAGGCUUGCAAUUGGUCUGUCGACGAAGACGAGAUGAUGGAGGCUGGGAUACGCUAAACAGCAAGUUCGAUCUGACAAACCAUGUUUGGCAAGAUAACUACGGGUGGACGGACGCUUCAUGA